AUGACUGAGUCUGUGAUACAGCUAAGAUGCGAUUGCAACCAAUACCCAUGGGGAAGGGUCGGCAAGCACUCCCUGGCAGCCCGUCUAGCAGCCAACAUACCAGGUGGUGGCUUCAAACUGGAUGAAGACACAAAUUACGCUGAGAUGUGGAUGGGUACAUACCCAGAACUUCCAUCAUAUGUGUUGAAGACUGGCGAGAAUCUACAAGAUGUAUUGAAUGCUAACAAGGAAAAGCUGAUUGGCAAGAAAGUACUAGACAAGUUCGGCAGCGACUUGCCAUUCUUGCCUAAGAUUCUCUCCAUUCAGAAAGCACUACCACUUCAAAUUCAUCCUAACAAGGAGUUGUCGGAGAAGCUGCAUAAAGAGGACCCAGAAAAGUAUAGCGAUCCAAAUCACAAGCCAGAAAUUGCGGUCGCCCUGUCAGACUUCGAGGCAUUUUGUGGAUUCAAGCCAAAGACAGACAUUCAGGGACUACUUGAACUUGAGCCACUUCAGCAGUUUAACCCAGACAAAAGCAGGUGGUCCGACAACACUUUGCGGGAAGUGUGCCGAUCUAUGCUUACAGCUUCUGAGGAUACGGUUGCUUCCACAUUAAAAAAGCUCGGAGACACAUCGCGUGGAACGCUGGGUGAACAGGCAUAUAUCCUGGAUCUUAUCCCUCGACUCAUCAACCAGUACGGUGCUUCUGAUAACGGUAACCUAGUUGCCCUAAUCCUGAUGAACUUCCUCACCUUCAAGCCUGGUGAGUCGAUUUGGAUUCCAGCAGAUGGUAUUCAUGCUUAUCUGAGUGGCGACAUCGUGGAAUGUAUGGCUAGAUCCAACAACGUUAUCAAUACGGGCUUCUGCCCAGCGGCUGACCGGGAUAAUGUGGAUAUGUUCUGCGGCGCCCUUACCUUUCAGCAGCAUGACGCCAAAAAGCCCUUGCUGCCCAGAGUAGAGUCGGAAAAGAGCAGCUCUGGCAAGACCCAGGCACUCAAGCCUCCGAUGAGUGAGUUCAAUAUGCUUGUCACAGAACUCAAGACUGGAGAAAGCGAUCAGAUCAAAGCAGUCGAAGGGCCAAGUGUGGCAUUCAUGACUAGUGGAAAGGGUAAAAUGAAGGCUGAGGGCAAGGAACAUGAUAUCAGCGCUGGAUACAUCUACUAUAUUGGUUGUGGUGUGGAGGUUUCGUACGAGUCGUCGUCAGACGAUUUUGCUUUGUAUCGAGCUUAUGCGGAAUAG